UCCUCUUCAGCUAUAAAUACUGGAAUAGUCAGUCUACAAAUGAAAACGAGCAUCAGUCCAUCAGGAAGAAGUGAACUCUGCAAAGACAGAGUUUACUGAAGAUGAGUGAUCCAGAACCCUGCAGAAUUAAACAGGAAGAGACUGAAGAACUAAUAGGUGUGAUGGUGAAGGAGGAGAGUGAAGAACUGAGUGAAGAUGAGGAGAAACAUCAUGUCAAAAGUGAAGAAGAAACUCAAUCAGAGACUGAAGAUGAUAUUUUAAUGAAAAGUUUGACCUGCGCUCAGUGUGGAAAGACUUUGAAGCACAAAUACACUCUGAAGAGUCACAUGAGGAUUCACACUGGAGAGAAACCUUACCAGUGUUCACACUGCGACAAGAGAUUCAGUCAUUCAGUCUACCUGAAAUCACACGAGAGGAUUCACACUGGAGAGAAACCGUAUCGCUGCUCUGAUUGUGGGAAGAGUUUCACAAAUGCAUCUGCUCUACGAAAACACAAGAAAUUCUAUCACAAGCCGAUGAAGAAAAGUGAAGAACCGAGUGAAGCCACGAAGCUCCACCGUAACGCUCCUAAAAAGGAGAAAUGUUAUUUCUGCUCUGUGUGUGGAAAUAGUUUUGCACAUAUGUCAAUUUUAAGACAACACCAGGUGAUUCACACUGUAGAGAAACCUUACAAGUGUUCAUAUUGUGACAAGACAUUUGGUAGAUCAGAAUGCCUGAAAGCACACGAGACGAUCCACACUGGAGAGAAACUAUUCACAUGUGCUCAGUGUGGGAAGAGUUUCAGACGAUUAUCUAACUUUCGACAACACUUUCGGAUCCACACUGGAGAGAGACCACACACAUGUGAUCAGUGCGGCAAAUCAUUUACGAGGCCUUCAGAUCUAAAGUACCAUCUUAGAGUUCAUACUAACGAGAAGCCUUAUUCAUGUUCUGUGUGUGGGAAGAGUUUUACACAGCAGUGCUUUUUAAAUGCACAUCAGAAGAUGCACACCGGGGUAAAAGACUUUGUGUGCUCGGAGUGUGGGAAGAGUUUUAUUAGAGCUGGAGAAUUGAAACUGCACCAGGUGGUUCACACUGGAGAGAGACCGUUCGAGUGUUCACACUGCGACAAGAGAUUCAGUCUGCUACAAGGCUUGAAAAUGCAUGAGAGGAUCCACACUGGAGAAAGACCACACAAAUGUAAUCAAUGUGGUAAAACAUUUAUCAGGCCUUCAGAUCUGAAGAAACAUCUUAGAGUUCAUACAAAGGAGAUGCCUUAAGGUCUUUGCACACUGAAGUCUGAUAUUUUUGUGUGCCCUGGAGGGCCGGUGUCCUGCAUAUUUUAGUUCUAACCCCAAUUAAACGCACUUGAACCAGCUAAUUAAGCUUUUUGGUAUACUGGAAACUUCCAGGUUGGUGUGUUAAAGGAUGUUGGAGCUCAACUAUGCAGGACACCGACCCCUCCAGGACCGAGUUUGGACACAACUGGCAUAGAGGAAGGAGAGAUCAGCUUAUUAUCAAAGAGCUGUGCUACGAUUAUCCCAAAAUGCAAAGUUUGUUUGAGGAAAUCAGUGAAGCUUUGAUUCAUUGCUUGUGAUACGUCACACAUUCAUGUGCGUAAACAAAUCCUGAACAGAGACUGGCAGUACCAUAGAUCAGUGUUUCCCAACCCUGUUCCUGAAGGCACACCAACAGUACACAUUUUCAACCUCUCCCUAAUCAAACACACCUGAAUCAACUUAUCAUAAUAUCAGAAGAGACUCCAACACCUGAAGUUAAUAGGUCAAAUAACAGAGACAUCCAAAAUAUGUACUGUUGGUGUGCCUCCAGGAACAGGGUUGGGAAACACUGCCAUAGACAUUAUAAUAGAUGGCGGCCGCGUUGACGUGUCGAAGCAACGGAAGCGGACCAUGCUUUCUAUUAUAAUGUCUAUGGAGCGUUUGUCAAAUGUGUGGACACACACACCAAACAGCAGCAGGACAGAGGUGAUCCAAUCAAGGGUUCUCAACCGUGGACCACUUUCUGUCUUUAUCUUAUGCUCCGUGUUUGUCAUAAAGUUAUCUGUAGCUCAAAUGACAGCAUUCUGUAUUUAGUUUUUCGCUUGAACAUUGGCUCUGAACUGUCAAAACACCUCUCAAAGCGCUUUUUCUAAUGGGAAAAGUGAAAAAAAUUCGACGAAAGUUUCGUAGGCAGUGUGUUAAUACGAUUCACACAACAUGAGAUUGAAUUAAUUUUUUAACAUGUGAAAAUUACAGACGAAAAUUUUAGAUUCAGUGUGGAAUAACCCUAAAGAGCCCCUAUUAUGCAUUAUAAAACGUCAUAUUUUGGUUUUAGGGUCUCCAACAACAGGCUGACAUGCGUGCAACGUCUAAAAACACUUUCAUUGUCUUAUAAUCUGCAUUUAUUUUUACCUAAUUAUCCCAGCGACUCCCGUAUGAUUCGUUCAGCAAUUCGUUUGUUCCCAAACCACUCCUUGGUACAAUACUAAUCCGCGCUGAUUGGUCCGAUGACCCAGUCUGUUGAGAUUGGUCGACUGUGUUCAGUGCGAGACUGAGAGAAACACCCACCACGAUCAUUAAGUAGCACACAGAAUAUAUGUGAGCCGGAUGCAGUUAAACACCAGCAUAUUCCUCUGCUCUUAACCCUGACCACAAGUAACAACAACGACACAUUCAGUAUUAAUCCACACAGUGGCAAAAGUUGAGCUAUUUUGAAAAUUAACCACGCCGCACGUGAGGAACAGCUGAUGGUGGCCAGAGCAAAGACAAACAGCAGAGGAUCGCGAGUUCAGAAACGCAUUUAAAUUCGUAAAGGAAGAAGCACGCAUCACGUUUUCAACGUGGUUUUGGACGCGAUAUGUGAAUCGCCCCAUACAGAUUUAACCUGAGAGACGCAGUACAAGUAGUGAUCUAUAAUAGAUGCGAUUACAAGCCGCACAAUUAAACACAUAUUUUGCUAACUACAGAAAACAAGGCAACAAUUUAAAUGACACUUGCAUGUUAUGAUCCGGAGGAAGAAGAAACUGGUCCAUUUGAACUGUAACAGUUACUGACAAAGUCCCAUACAUAAGUCUCUGCUGCUCCUUCCUUUAAUAGCAAACGGCUGGCGAAUCCCGCGCUGCAAUAUAGGUUAUUAUAUCAACCAUCGGAAAAAUGACAGGAACAAACACAGCACUAGGUUGGAUAUACUGUGGUAUUGUUGUGAACUUUAAUCGUUUAUUCCCCACAGCUGAAUCUCUGUCAUUAAUCGUCUGCUUCAUGUCAUGAUCAGUCCCGUGAUCUCCCUGCGCUCCACUAGUGUCUGAAGGGAAAGGCUCAUUCACGUUUUACCGGAACCGGCACUUCAUAUUUAAUGAUGUACAGUAUUGACGUCGAUGCGUUCAGGCAAAAGAUCCAAAUCCAAUACGAUUCAUUUCUACUCUCAAGUCGACUAUUACAUAAGAGGAUCAAUAGUUUUCAACAUGGAGCACUUUCAGAUUUAGCCCUCAGCUGGAGGUUUUCAUUCACUUAGUGCUGUGUUACAAACACAUCACUCAUUUUCAAAAACCCAUAAUAGGGGCUCUUUAAAUCAUGUUCUUUGAAACUUGCUCAUCCCCCCCAAAGAUUCCGCUGUGUUAAACAUGCUGGAAUAGUUGCCGGUUCAUUCCGCUGUGGCGACCCCUGAUAAAUAAGGCACUAAGCCGAAAGAGAACGAAGAAUGAGUAAUUCAAAUAAAUAAAAUGUUCUGUCUCA